AUGGCAACGAUUAGACCAAUGAACAUGUUUGACUUGCUUAAGUACAACAAUAUUAAUUUGGAUUUGCUAACUGAGACUUUCUACACAUCAUUUUAUGGCACAUACUUGUCCAAGUGGCCAGAGUACUGCGUCUUGGCAGAGAAUUCAAUUUCCAUGUUUUAAGGAUAUUUAUUGGGCAAAGUGGAGGGUGAUAAGGAAAAUGAUAUUAAGAAAGACUGGCAUGGGCAUGUAAGUGCAGUCACUGUUGCUCCACAAUUUAGAAGAUAAGGCUUAGCUAGAGCACUCAUGGACUAUCUGGAAGAAGUAACAGUAAAGAGACAUAAUGGAUUCUUUGUCGAUUUGUUUGUGAGACCUUCUAAUGAGGUGGCAAUAAAUAUGUAUAAAAAUCUGGGAUACAUAGUAUACAGAACUGUGCUAGGUUAUUAUAGUGGAGGAGUUGAUUCAUCUGAAGAUGCUUAUGAUAUGAGAAAAGCUAUGCCUCGUGAUAAGGACAAGGUAACAGUGGUUCCUUUAGAAAAGCCAAUCUAGCCUCAUGAAUUAGAGUUUCAUUGA